AUGGUUGCCGAGCAAUUAGCCUCUAAUAACCCAUUUGAUUCCGGAAAUGUCUUUUUACAGGCAAUGAAGGCGUUAGCCCGACGGCCAUAUCACUUUUUUACUGAGAACCCAUAUAAUAUGAAGUGCCGUAUGUUUUGGGUGGAAGAAGAGAGAACACCGACGACAGGUGAAAAAGAUGUCACAAAAGGAAUCAGUCAACAAGUGGUGUCAGGUGAUAACAUAGAAUCUACCGCGGUUCAUGGAAGACACAGAAGGCGGUGUUUUGUGGUGCUGCAAUGGUUAGUACCUAAAUGGUUGCAACAUUUCCUCUAUUACUGUCGUCAUUCAGUAUUGUCGCGGAAUUCACCAGAAGAUCGGUCAGUAAUGAAACGGAAAACACCAAUGGUCGCAAACGGAAAUCUAAUUUCUCUGCAGAAGAAAAAAAACAAAGUAGUACCAUUCGACUUCAAGAUUUGCGACCGUCAUUUGGAGUUAGAGCCAUUGUGUUGUUUGUCUUCCUGUCUUAUUCGUGGUGGUUGUACGGCCGUUGCUAUCUUCGAAUACGCUUACGUUGUCUUUACACUUAUUGCAAUUAUUAUACGUUUGCACAAUAGUGGACUUUCUCA